CAACCACGAUCAUUCUCUCCAAAACUUAUCCAACCACUCGAGACGACCAGCGCGAUGGACACUCAGAGCGGCACAAAACCUUUCAAUAGCACAGAAGACCAGCAAACCACCGCAACUAAUCCUUCGCAUCUUCUCAGGCUUCCAGAUGAAGUCUUGUUAAACAUGACCAAUCUUCUGGGCAGCAAAGAUCUAUGCCGGCUAGCACAGGCUAACAAGAGACUAGGAGCGGUGGCGCAAGACACUAUCUAUAGGGAGAUCACCCUUCCGCAGAAUACGGUUGUUGGCCUGCUGAAUGUUUUGCGUGAAUCGACUACACUAGCCGAAAUGACUACCACCCUUGAUGUUUCAUGGCGGAAUCAUCCGGUAGCAAGGCUAAACAGCAUGUUCAUACCGGGUGGAUUGGAACAGCUUGAAUCUUGGGCGUUGGCUGUCGAUUCCCGCCAAAACAACAACUUCUUCGAAACUCUCAUGGGAACUAGCGUGCGGGAGUUCUAUACUUCGGUAUGGAGCAACCCAUCCUUUGAGCGUAUUUUAAUACUCGUGAUCGGAAUGUUGCCGAAGCUGAAGAAGUUGACGGUUAAGUUCCCUCCGCGAGGAUAUCGAGCCCUUCCUAUUUCCCACGAUCGACUGCUACCGCUCUUUCAUGGAAUAGGAGAACAGUUACUUCAACAAAGAUUGGAAGAACUAAAUAUCCGCAUCUCAUCGCCCAUGAGCCUUUCAAUGGAAAAUGUCACACUUCGAAACCUAGUCAACCUGAGAAGGCUGAGCAUACCCAUGGAUGCGCUUACAUUUCAGUCACAUGGGUCAUUAGUCGCCAAGGCGGUACUUCCUCCUAAUCUGGAGCUGCUCCAGAUAAAACCUUGCAACCAGCACAUCAUUGUCUGGAUCGGCCAAUUCACCAUAAACUGGUUAGAUGGUGAAUUCAAAAAGCUGAAGACGACAGAGCUGUUUUUCGACCAGCCAUGCUUUCGAUCCGGCCUACUAUCCGCUGCUCAGGGCGAUGACUCUGACCUAAACUUCCUGAGAAGCAUGGUGGGCAUAUUGAGAAGAUUCAGUUUGACUCUCGAAGCCCACACUAGAAACAAAGCAAAGCCUGGAAGGCUGAGAGAAGAGUUGGACGCUUGGUACCACAUGUCUGAUAGUGAGCGGUGGAUGGCAUCAACUAGAGAGAUGGAAUUCUCCGAAGCAGUAGCGAAGAACGAUGCUGGUGAACCACGAUUCCGAACAAAGGCCGAGAUUCGCGCCUUUCUCGUGGAUAUCAAGUCAAACCUGAGCUUCAGCAGCCCCAAUGACGAGAGCAAUGGUCGCGAUAUCUAUCAUUUCGGCGUGCAAGGAUGGGGGAAGAAGACUCCUAAAUAUGAACUCUCAGCGUCUUUGUCGGAUGCUGCCACGAAUUGGAUCAUCGAGCAGGGAGACAGAAGUGCCGAGUCGAUUGCAUUCUUGACCUUCGAUCCUUCACGCUUCACCUCCGGGCAGGGUAGCCACCUGACAUUCAACGCCGAGAAGUGGUUGAGUGUAGACUUCUUUGCCCUUGGUGACAAGAAGACACAACCCAUCAAAUUCAAACCGGAAACCUCAGCUUCAAGUCCUCAUACAUCGAGCCAACAGACAGAUCGUCAUCCAACAAAAGUGAGACGGUGUUAG